AUGGAUAACAAAGCUGUUGAAGUGAAGGUUGAGGGUCAAGAAAACACCACAAUAUCUCCCAAGUCCGGAGAAGUGGAAAUGUCCUUAAUCUCCUCCGAUACCGUUGAGGUGAAGAGAUCUGCUAGUGCAAUGGAUAAGAUUGCAUUGGGAGCCGCUUCCUUAACCCAGGGCUCUGCGGGUCAGGGAAAAAGUGGAAGUUUCUACGGAGAGAUGGAUCCUGCCCUUCUUCCCUCAAUUAUUAAGAGAGGUUCUUCUAUGAUGGGAGAGGAUGCGAAGAAAGAGGCAAAACCCAAGACUUGGUGCGAAGUGUUUUCACAAGUCAGGGUCAUUGCCUGUAUUAUUGGACUUGUGAUUUCCAUCGUCGUGAUGUGCCUCCCCCUGAAUAAAGAGAAGCCCGCUAUUGCAAAGACUCUCGGAGUGUUGUUAAUUAUGGCCACUUGUUGGAUUACCGAAAUUCUUCCCCUUUCUGUGACUGCACUGUUCCCUGUCGUUAUGUUCCCUCUACUGGGUGUGGAGAGUGCUUCCAAGAUCUCAACCCAGUAUUUCAAUGAUACCAUUUUCAUGUUCCUCGCCGGCUUCUUGCUGUCGCUUGCGAUGGAGCGAUGGAAUCUCCACAGACGAAUUGCUCUGUUCAUUACUUCUUUCUUCGAGCGUCCGCGAAGCAUUCUCUUUGGUGUCAUGUUUGCCGCUUUCUUCCUGUCCAUGUGGAUUUCGAACACGGCCGCUGCUCUUAUGAUGGUGACCAACGUCACUGCCUUGGUCGAUACUCUCGAAGAGCACUACGGAAAGCAAAAGAUGGCUCGUUUCUCAAAGGCGAUUAUGAUCGGAAUUGCCUUUUCCUGUAACAUUGGAGGCUUCGCCACGCUGAUCGGAACCCCUCCCAACAUGCUGUUCGCUCAGAUCUUCGCUCAGACAUGGCCCUACGACCCCACCAACCCCAAUGGUCCUCCAGAUAUUUCCUUCUCUUCCUGGCUGAUCGCCGUGCUGCCCUGCGAUAUUCUCCUGUUCAUUUUGAUGUGGCUGUACUUCGCGUUUGUCUACACUCCCAGUGCCACGGAGCUGCACAUCGAUCCUGGCUACUGCGCCCAGGAAUACAAGAAGCUCGGCAAGGCGUCCUACGAGGAGAAGGUCGUGUUCACCGCCUUCAUUUGUCUCGCUGUGCUGUGGAUGUUCCGCUCGGAUCUGGGCUCGCUGCCCGGCUGGAGCCGUCUGUUCGGUGAGUACGCUAGCUAUCUUUCGGAUGGAACGGUGGGUAUGACCAUCGUUUUGAUUCUGUUCUUUAUCCCCACAAUGCGUUGCUGGAAGCGCCAGAACACGGAAGAGGAGGACGCCACGAUCCUGACGUGGAACACCGCCAAGAAGCUGCCGUGGGAUCUGGUCUUGCUGUUCGGAGGAGGCUUCGCGUUGGCGGAUGCGUGCAACGUGUCGGGUCUCUCCGAGUGGAUUGGUGAUUUGCUGAAGGGUAUCGGUAGUUGGCCGCUGUUCCUUGCCAUUUUGGUGAUGACUCUGGUCAUGUGCGUCCUCACUUCCUUCACUUCGAAUACCGCGACUGCCUCCAUUCUGCUGCCUGUGAUGGUUGGUAUUGCACAGAAGACGCAGAUCAACCCGCUGGUGUUGAUGGUGCCUGUGACCAUUGCCGCGUCGUGCGCGUUCCUGCUGCCUGUCGGUACGCCUCCAAACCUCGUCGUAUUCGCAUCGAACCGUAUUACCAUGCUUGAUAUGUUGAAGGCUGGUAUUAUGACCACCGUGCUUGCUUUGAUUAUUAUCAUGCUGAUUACUUUUGUCAUGCUUCCUUUGGUGUACGACGUCGAUCUGGAUUCGUACCCUGCGUGGGCGAAUACGACCUCCACUGCUUAA